AAGGCUAGGGGACGUCGCCUCGGUCACUAUGGGGCUCCUGCUCAAGCCUGGAGCGCGCCAGGGCAGCGGCACCUCCUCGGUCCCAGACAGACGUUGUCCCCGCUCCGUCUUCAGCAACAUUAAGGUGGCUCUCCUGAUGGCUGAGUGCUCCAGACCACAGGUUACCGUGACAUCUUGAAGACGUGAUACCCCCUUGCUUCUCACAAACCAGGUAUUUGUUCUUUGCCAUGGCCUGCUACAGCUCUGUCAGCUGCUCUACAGCGCCUACUUCAAGAGCAGUCUCACCACAAUCGAGAAGCGCUUUGGGCUCUCCAGCUCUUCCUCUGGUCUCAUCUCCAGUUUGAAUGAGAUCAGCAACGCUACCCUCAUCAUCUUCAUUAGCUACUUCGGCAGCCGGGUCAACCGCCCACGGAUGAUUGGCAUAGGGGGUCUCCUCCUGGCUGCAGGGGCCUUUGUCCUCACCCUCCCACACUUCCUGUCAGAGCCCUAUCAAUACACCUCGACCACGGAUGGAAACAGGAGCAGCUUUCAGACUGACCUCUGUCAGAAGCAUUUGCCAGCCCUGCCCCCCAGUAAGUGCCAUAGCACCGUGCCAGAUACCCACAAGGAGACCAGCAGCCUGUGGGGCCUGAUGGUGGUUGCUCAACUACUGGCCGGCAUUGGGACAGUGCCCAUCCAGCCCUUUGGGAUCUCCUACGUGGAUGACUUUGCCGAGCCUACCAACUCACCUCUGUAUAUCUCCAUCCUAUUCGCCAUCGCUGUGUUCGGACCGGCUUUCGGGUACCUGCUGGGCUCAGUCAUGCUGAGAAUCUUCGUGGACUACGGCAGAGUGGACACUGCUACCGUAAACCUGAGCCCAGGUGACCCUCGGUGGAUUGGAGCCUGGUGGCUGGGCCUGCUCAUCUCCUCAGGCUUCUUGAUUGUCACCUCUUUGCCCUUCUUUUUCUUUCCCCGAGCAAUGUCCAGAGGAGCAGAGAGGUCUGUUACCGCAGAGGAAACAAUGAAGACGGAGGAGGACAAGUCAAGAGGCUCCCUGAUGGAUUUCAUUAAACGGUUCCCCCGCAUCUUCCUGAGGCUGCUGAUGAACCCGCUCUUCAUGCUGGUGGUCCUGAGCCAGUGUACCUUCUCCUCAGUCAUCGCUGGCCUCUCCACAUUCCUCAACAAGUUCCUGGAGAAGCAGUAUGGAGCCACGGCAGCCUAUGCCAACUUCCUCAUCGGUGCUGUAAAUCUUCCGGCUGCAGCCUUGGGGAUGCUGUUUGGAGGAAUCCUCAUGAAGCGUUUUGUUUUCCCUCUGCAAACUAUCCCCCGAGUGGCUGCCACCAUCAUCACCAUCUCCAUGAUCCUCUGUGUACCUCUCUUCUUUAUGGGAUGCUCCACAUCAGCCGUGGCUGAGGUCUACCCUCCCAGCACAUCAAGUUCUAUACAUCCGCAGCAGCCUCCUGCCUGCCGCAGGGACUGCUCGUGCCCAGAUUCCUUCUUCCACCCAGUCUGUGGAGACAAUGGAGUCGAGUACGUUUCCCCUUGCCACGCCGGCUGCAGCAGCACCAACACAAGCUCAGAAGCUUCUAAGGAACCGAUCUACUUGAACUGCAGCUGUGUGAGUGGAGGAUCGGCGUCAGCCAAGACAGGCUCAUGCCCCACGUCCUGCGCGCAGCUACUGCUCCCGUCCAUCUUCCUCAUUUCCUUUGCGGCGCUCAUUGCCUGCAUCUCCCACAACCCGCUCUACAUGAUGGUCCUUCGCGUGGUGAACCAGGAUGAAAAGUCGUUUGCCAUUGGGGUACAGUUCUUGUUGAUGCGCUUGCUGGCCUGGCUGCCGGCUCCAUCCCUUUAUGGCCUCCUCAUCGACUCCUCCUGUGUCCGGUGGAACUACCUAUGCUCAGGGAGACGAGGGGCCUGUGCGUAUUAUGACAACGAUGCUCUCCGAAACAGGUACCUGGGCCUACAGAUGGUCUACAAGGCCUUGGGCACACUGCUGCUCUUCUUCAUCAGCUGGAGGAUGAAGAAGAACAGGGAAUACAGCCUGCAGGAGAACACCUCAGGCCUCAUCUGACCCUCAGCUGGGACUACUGCCCCACCCCAGAGACUGGAUCCUAUCCCUUCCACACCUACCUGUAUUAACUAAUGUUAACAUGCCUUCCUCCUCCUCUUCUUCCUCCUCCUCCUCCUCCUCCUCCUUCUUCUUCUUCCUCUCUCUCUCUCUCUCUCUCUCUCUCUCUCUCUCUCUCUCUCUCACACACACACACACACACACACACAUGAGAGAGAGUUCACUCACCCUUUGAGUCACCUGCCUUUUCUCUUCUGCCUAAAGUCUUAAGGCCUGAAGUACACUGAGCUGAAUGAGCACCGGGCCUGAGAGUUUAGUUUCUCCAAGUCCUUGGAAGGUAUCCCCAGUGUAGGCCCUACGUCCUCCAGACAAGAUGCCCAUAAUGAGGCGGCCUCUGUUUUCACCAGUGUCUCAGGAAUACUUAAUGGAGUGAAAAGAGGGAGUCUUGCCUUCUGGGCCAGGCAGCCCGGAUCUCCUCUGCCUCUGCCCACACCCAGGAGAGCCAGAGGAGAAGCAGGUAGUUGGUUUCUUAUCAGCUCCAGCGGGGCUAAGGGAGCUGGCUGUGUCCACUUUUCAUCUGGAUUCCGUCUAGCAUGAAAGCCGUGCCCUCGAGGCUGUUUUGGAAACCACCAUUUUGGGAAGUAUCCCUCUCUAUAAACUAUGCCCCGGUAUCUGAGGAGGAAUGAAGGGACCAACAAGGCUGGAUCAUCCAAAACUGUUCACAGGAACCUGAGGCCUAUCCUCCCGUCGGCAUACGCUUCUUUCUGCCUUUCAACCCAACAGAGUCACAAGGAACCCACCUAAGAAGGGCCCAGUCUCCCACCCUCACAGUGGAGACAAGGCCUUUCCCUUCAGAGACACAAAUGGUGAUCUCUACCGUGCCUCACGUGGACUUCGCUGUCUGGACUUCAGCUCCUGUGCAGAGGAGUGUGGGGGCAGGGGGGGGGGACCUGAGAUACAGCCAGAGUAAUGGUGGAGCAGAAUGGAUGCCACUUGUCACUGUGCUCGAUGACAAGUUGCAGCCCAUAAAAAGGUUGACUUGCUUGCAAACACAUUGUGUUCGUUGGCAUUUUCUCAGCUUCUCCUCACUACCUCUGGGUGGAGAUGGGCACCUUCUGUGGGCCUGGGCUGGGGGCCACCCCUGCUAUGCAAUGGAGAGGCAAAGGCAGAGGUCCAGGAAUAAGGAGGCUUCUACCAAUGAUUUUGUUUAAUGGUGCUUGACAGAGAUAUUGUAUGGUUCUCUGAGAGCUCCCCUGAAAACCUUACCUCCAACCACACAAGGGCUUCCUCCCAGAGAGCGCUCGCUGGGCAGCAAGGACACACUCCCAUACUUGCCAAGCAUAUCAAGUACCCAAAGAUUGGCAGAAAAGAUCCUGGCCUGACCACCCAGCCACAUCCUUCAGGGCUCCACCGGAUUGACUGUGUGUCUGAGAUGGAGAGCUGGCUUUGUGACAUUUAAGUGCCUUUCAGAAAUGCCUUAUACGGUGAGAAGCCAAAUGGUUUAUGUCAGCAUGGCAGAGCUCCUGAGACCGAAGCCUUCCUGGAGCCUUCGUUACUGGCAGCGUUCUUUCCGAAGCCACCGGGCUCAUUUCCACAGAUCGUAUUAAGGAGGAGCCUCCACACAACCUCGUGGGCCAGUUUCAGCAUGUGCGACGGUUCUGCUUGCAACAUGAUUCUCAGCAACUAACCCUGGGCUUACUCACUGCAGUUUAACCAGAAGCUGAAGGCACAGCCUUCAACCAACCUCACCAACAAUGAACGCCAACCUUCCAUCCAUGUCUGAAAGACUGGCUGUCCCCACAAGCCUUUAUUCUGUUAUAUUGCUAUUAAUAUAUGAUAAUUAUGUUCUGGGUGUAA